AUGGUUAAUGAAUAUGUUGUUGAUUCGUUAUUUAAAAAUAUAUUGUUGAUUCAUUCUUUAAGAAUAUGUCGCAUUCUGAAAGAAUAUGUUCUUGAUGCAUUCUUGGUGAAGUCAGAAGUAAUGGAAGAAGUGGAGAAUCACGUGUUUCCCAGUUGCACUACUAAAGAGAUCACUUUUAAGGAGACACCAAAUAAGGUGUUCAGAAGGGAGCAUGAAAAUUUGGUGAAGGAAGCAGAAAAAAGUAUGAAAGCAGUAGCACUAAUUACCACAAUCGUGUUUUCCGCAGCCAUUACAGUACCAGGUGGAAGCAAUCAAGAAACAGAUGCAAUUUCACUAUUUGCAUCAAGCUCAACAUUACUGAUGUUCUUGUCGAUCCUUACAGGAAGUUUUGAUAAGAAAGAUUUUCUAUUCAUUUUGCCAAGACGAUUGAUGGUUGGUCUUUGCGCCUUGAUGCUAUCUACAAUUGCCAUGAUGGUGGCCUUUGGGGCAACAUUGUUCCUUGUCUUUUUUCAUGAAAUACCAUGA